UGUAAAUCUGUCAUCAAAAGAUAACCUCUUGCCAUCUAAACAGAGGUACAUUGAUAGUUUAAAACAUCUUAAUUCUUGGCUGACUAGACAAAAUGUUUAAUGUAAUUGAAUCUCAGUGUGAUGUUUUAUAUCAGAUGAGCUGUUGCUUGUAGACUAAGUGAGAAAUGAACACCUUUUUAAGAUCCGUGGUGAGAAGAUUCUCUUCUCUGGCAGAUAAAGAACCUGUUAACGAUGGAAUACCUUCGUUAAAGAUCGGUGUUAUCGGUGUUCCACUCAGCAAAGGUCAGACCAAUGAAGGUGUUAGAAAAGGACCUCAGGUUAUCCGUGAGCGAGGAGUUUUGAAGGAAUUGAAUGCUUUGGGUCAUAAUGUAAGGGACUACGGUGAUAUAACGUACAAGUUCAGCCAUGAUCAGGUACAAAACACCUCCAACAGCUCUCAUGUCAAGAACAUGAAGGACUUGGAGGAUGUGGCUGCAUGCAACAGGGAAGUUAGUAAGAAGGUUCAGGAGAUUCUAGCAGAAGAUAGUCAAGUAUUGGUUCUCGGAGGAGAUCACAGUGUUUGUAUCGGCUCGGCGGACGGACUCAUACAGAAGUACGGAGAUAUUGGCCUCAUCUACGUGGACGCCCAUGCUGACCUUAACACAGCUGAUACUUCGCCUUCAGGGAAUGUACAUGGUAUGACAGUGGCACUCCUUGUAAAAGAACUCUACGAUUAUUGGCCUUACCUGCCUGGAAUGGACUGGCAAAAACCUGUAUUGCCUGUUAAGAAAAUUGCCUACAUCGGUCUUCGUUCUGUAGAUAAGUAUGAAAGAGUGCUUUUAGACAAGUUCUCAAUCCCUGCUUACGGAAUGGCUGAAGUAGAGAAGUAUGGAAUAGACAAAGUAACGGAGAUGGUGCUUGAUCAGGUGGACCCCAAAGGGAACCGAGCUUUACAAGUGAGCUUUGACAUUGAUUCAUUGGAUGUUUUGGAAGCCCCUUCCACUGGGUGUUCAGUUUGUGGAGGAUUAACUCUGAGGGAAGGAAUUCAUAUAUUGGAAAUUGUCCACCAAACUGGCAGGAUGAAAGUUAUGGACUUAGUAGAAGUGAAUCCAAAUAUUGGGUCAGAAAGGGAUGUGAAAAAGACAGUUGAUGCUGCACUUCACUUAAUCAAAGCAGCAUAUGGAUUUUCACGACUCGGAAAUGUUCCCAGGCAUAUCAAAGAUAUACCCACUUACAACAGUUUUCAACCAAGCAUGCACUGUGGAUUCGAUACUCCCCAGUGUGGACUAACGACGUCCGCACGGGUGAGUACUACGAGUCUAUGCUACGACUAUCCGCUGUACUAUCCUGAUAAUUAG